UAACUCACCCCACGCCAAUCCCCCUCGCCACACUUUCUGCCUCCUUUCUCGCACCAUACUCGGACGGGACACACAGCCGCGCAAUGGAGUCGGAAGGCAGCCAGAGUAACCUGUCCUCCCCGGACUCUCCGCACGACCCUUGCAAAAUGUUCAUCGGUGGUCUGAGUUGGCAAACCACGCAAGAGGGUUUGAAAGACUACUUCUGUAAGUUUGGUGAGGUGAAGGAGAGCAUGGUGAUGAGGGAUCCAGUUACAAAGCGCUCCAGGGGUUUCGGAUUUGUCACGUUUGUGGACCAAGCUGGCGUGGACAAAGUUCUGGCCCAGACCAGGCACGAGCUGGACUCGAAAACUAUUGACCCGAAAGUCGCCUUCCCGCGACGGGCCCAGCCUAAGUUGGUGACUCGAACAAAGAAAAUAUUUGUUGGAGGCCUGUCGGUGAACACAACUAUUGAAGAUGUAAAACAGUACUUUGACCAGUUCGGAAAGGUGGAUGAUGCAAUGCUUAUGUUUGACAAAACAACCAACAGGCACAGAGGUUUUGGAUUUGUGACCUUUGAAAAUGAAGAUGUGGUGGAGAAAGUCUGCGAAAUCCAUUUCCACGAGAUCAACAACAAGAUGGUGGAAUGUAAGAAGGCCCAGCCCAAGGAAGUGAUGUCACCCACAGGCUCCUCAAGGGGUCGUGCACGUGUGAUGCCUUAUGGGAUGGACGCCUUUAUGCUUGGGAUUGGAAUGCUGGGUUAUCCAGGGUUCCAGGCAGCUACAUACGCCAGUCGCAGCUACGCUAGUCUUACACCAGGAUACACAUAUCAGUUCCCUGAAUUCCACUUAGAGAGGACCCCCCUUCUGACUUCACCCCACCCCCCUGAGCUCACAGCCAUUCCGCUGACAGCGUACAACCCCAUGGCGGCGGCGGCCGCAGCAGCAGCUGUGGUCAGAGGCUCCACUCCUUCUCGCUCAGCUGGGUUUCUGGGUACCAGCAGUCCCGGGCCGAUGGCAGAUUUGUAUGGAACGGCCAGUCAGGAGUCAGCAGUGGGCAGCUACAUCAGCGCUGCCAGUCCUGCUCCCAGCACUGGAUUCAGUCACAGCCUCGGGACGUGUUUUUCUUUACAGGGCCCUCUGAUUGCUACGGCAUUCACUAAUGGCUACCACUAAAAUGUAUGAGGUACAAUAAUGAUUGUUGUUUUUAUGUCUUCCUGAAAUCUCAAGGAAGGUUUUUUGUAAGUGGGGCGAUUGAUAUCAAUCAAAAAUAAUAAUGGAAGCCCUGCACGUGCCGGGGUUCUAUUUCUAUUUUUUAAAACAUUUUUAAAUGGUUUUGAAUUGGAUGGGUCAGCAUUAAGCCAGGCACAUAUUCAUGUGAUGGCGACUGCAACAUUAUUAACGUGAUGUGACAUGUUUCCUGUUUUGUGAAUUACUGUCAUAUCAGGGUCUAGAUUAACUCCCGGUUCCUCUUAUAUAGAGAUAAACCUGUAAAUACAUUUGAUGAGUUCUCUGUUUAACAAGAUAACAUCUUAGUGUCAUUUUAAUUCGUUUGGCUUCUUUUCUGAAUAUUUUGUUUCUCUUUUGUUUUGAGUCUUUGUCUGUUUUUGUGAUGACACUAUACACGUGUUGUAGGUUUGUAAUUGUAGAAACAUCUUUGCUGUCCUGCAAGAGCAAUAAUCUGCCACAUCUAUGUGGAUCUUUGUAGUGUAUUUAAAUCACAUAAAUCAUUAGGGACAUUUUCUGCAGAAGUAUAUAGUAUGAUGGGAUAUCAAAAUGUAUAUUUUGUUAGUUCUGCAAACUGCAUUUAAUACUUUGAUCAGGAAAAUAGAAGGAUUUACAAUGAGGACAUAUUUCUCAGACUUAGUUUCAACCUUGUUUGUGUAAAAUAUUGUACAUACUGUCUUUUUGAGAUCCGCAUUCCGGAUCUGUCGAUGUGAUGAGAAUGAGUGUUUUACACUCAAGAACACAGACACAUGAUAAUCUUUGUGUCCUAAAAGUUUUUUCAUGAUUUUAAGAACUUGAACUUGUUUUGUUCAGUGUAUUUUGACAGAAGGCAAAGUGAAUGAUGCUACUAUUGAAUGAGUGUGAAAUGUGAAUUUUUGGAGUCCUGGUGUAAUGUAUUUUUUCAGUAAGAUGACCUAAAAUGUGAAUUGUAACCCCUUUCCCCACAACUUUUACUUUGUUUUGACCAUGUCCAUGCGCAAUUUCAUUGAUCUCUUUUCGAGGUUUUCAAGUCUUGUUAUGAUUGGGUUAUAAGAAUACUUCAAUUAACUGAAGAUUCACAACUGGUAUAUAGCAACACUAAUAUAACAAUAUGUUUUUAUGAAGUAAACAGAAUGCCUGUUAAAACUGAAAGUAUUAAUGUUUCUUGUUUGAGAUCUUGUUUGAAAACCCUUUCUGAAAAAAAUAAAAGGAAAAAGGAAC